CUCAAGCACCGCUCCCGUCGCCCUGGGUCAGCGGGCAGGGGGGUGGCCCACGGAACCCCCCGACACCUGUGCGCCGCCGGACCCUCUGCACCUGAGGGGCCAACAAGAUGGCCGCCCUCGCCAGCUCACUCAUCCGGCAGCGGCGGGAGGUCAAGGACCCGCAGGCAAACCGGCAGAUCGCCAACAAGCGCAAGCCCUGCCCCAAGAGCAACAAGUCGCUGUGCCAGAAGCAGAUCCUCAUCUUGAUCUCCAAGGUUCGACUAUGUGGCAGUCGAGGGAGAAAGAUGGACAAAAGACCGGAGCCCCAGCUGAAGGGCGUGGUCACACGGCUAUACUGCCGCCACGGCUUCUACCUGCAGAUGCUUCCCGAUGGCACCAUGGAAGGCACAAAGGACGAAGGCAGCUCCUUCUUGCAGUUCAACUUGAUUCCUGUGGGCCUGCGCAUCGUGGCCAUCCAGAGCACCAAGACAGGACUCUACAUGGCCAUGAACAGCGAGGGCCACCUCUACACCUCGAAACUCUUCACGCCCGAGUGUAAGUUCAAGGAGUGUGUGUUUGAGAACUACUACGUGACCUACUCGUCAAUCCUGUACCGCCAGACGCAGUCGGGCCGCGCCUGGUACAUCGGCAUCAACCGCGACGGGCUGGUCAUGAAGGGCAACCGCGUGAAGAAGACCAAGGGCGCCGCCCAUUUCCUGCCCAAGCUCAUCGAAGUGGCCAUGUACCGGGAGCCCUCCCUCCACGACGUGGCGGUGCAAAGCCCGCCACGGAAAACACCCAAGACCACCAGCGACUCGCCCACACACAAGAAGGACCCCCCCUCCAAACUAAGACCACCUCCACCUCCUAGCACUCAAGAGACCUCCUGAGGCACAUUAACGGGGGGCAAAAAUGGACGGGGAGGUGUGUGUGUGUGUUUGAACUUUGACCUCUGCGAGAACCUUGAUGAGAACCCCAGUGUGUGCACCACAAACACACACUCACACGGGGUCACAUGGAUGGGUGGGGCCCGCGGUCCUCAGAGGCCUCCAUCCAGGCGCCACAGUCGUGUGCAUAAUCUCUUUCACACAAAUGCCACUCGUUUUUCUUGUGGCGUGGCGUGGCCUGACCCCUGACCCCUGACUGACCCCUGACCUGACAGAUCCUGUCCGAGGCGGUCAGCCACCUCAGAGACAACGGUGAACUCUAGACAAACUCCGUAGAGGUCUUCAUCCUUCACAUCCCUGUUGAGUGGAAGAAAAAAUACAUUCAUCUAUGUAUCUAUAUCUAUAGAUAUAGAUAUAGAUAUAGUUGUCUCGUUAAAAGCUCCUCUUUUUAACUCUACAGAUCCCCCCCCCAUAGCCCACUCUACUCCUCAAUGUCCUCUUCAGCUCAUUCGGCGCCCCAACAGCAGAACCUGGAUUUAUAAAGAGCAAUAACUUGUCUGCAGAAGCCGACUGGCACGUUUCAAAGCGAGGGCAAAGCAGGGGUGGGAGAGGAAGUCCCUCUCCAUCCCCCAUCUGGCGUCCAUGUGGUUCAUCAAAUAACCACAAGAAUACAACAUCGGCAUGUUCCCUUUCAUUUUUGUUCUCCUUUACGUUUUUUAUGGACCCGCUGUCACGUUUUGUUUUGACCCACCCCCCUGAACUCCAAACCCUGCUCACAAGCACAGCACAUUCUGACCCUCGGACACUCUAGAAGUACCCCGUCACCGUCACGUGAUCCAACAUAAUUGUGUCUUCACCCUGGGUGCUGGCAGUGUGGGGUUAUGCCUGUGAUUUACGAUGUGGGUAUGGGGUGAUUGUUUGUCCGCACACUUUGAUUGCGCAGAUCACAAUGGUAAGGAUUGGAUUAGUUUGUGAGAUGGAUGAUUUCACACAGUGGAACUACAGCUCCCAAGAUGCUCUGCUCACUGGCUCUUUCACUGCGAGUCUGAGCCCACAACAUGAACACGUAACGCUCAUUGUUAUGAAUACUCUUAUGAGAUUAAUUCAUAUCAGUGUGUGCAUGUACUUCAUUGGUUGACUGGUGUUGCAGACACACACAUCCCACAAACACACAGAGCCAGAGGUUUUGAUAAAGGAUGAUGAUGAUGAUGAUGAUGAUGAUGACGGUAAACCUUGUAGAUCCACUGCAGUAGUGCUGCUUCUGUUCCCAGAGCCUUCAAGAACCACCCGCACACAAAUCGUCAAAAUGACGGUAUUCUUUAGGUCUCACACCUUUAUCCUGUAUUCGCUGUAGGCCUAAUAUUGUUUAAUUUCAGGUCGGCCUGAAAGAUGUUUUUCGUGAGUCUACAGAUUCUGUUUGAACGCACCAGCUUUUUUUUCAAAGAUGAAUCAAUAUUACCAGAAAACCAAUAUCCUCACAGAUGGCUGUGUCUAUCUACUCUAUAUAUAUUGUGUUUGGUCUCAACCCGCACAGGAUAUGUUGGCUCCGAGCUGUUGUGAUCUAUUUUUCGAAGCACCUUCGUUUGUUUUGUCUCUGUGUGUGAAUCCACUUCUCAGAUACGAGUGCGAUGACUACUCUGACGUGGGUGUUGUGCGUUGUUGUUAUAUCUAUAAUUUUUUUUCCGUUGUCUUCAGAACUACCCGUGGUUUUAUUUGUCGGUUUGUUUUGUUUGCUUUUGUCCAGAGACGAACCUUGAGCUGCUCUAAGAAUCAAACAUGUUUAGGGCUCUUGUUGCCUUCUUAGGGCUCAUAUUGCCUUUACGGAGACUGUAUUACUAAUAAUUUCCUAAAUAGUUAUUAUUAUUAUUAUUAUGCAAGGGAUUCCAAGCCUCCGCUAACUUUGUUGGGUGAUGCCGGCAAUAUUGAAUACAUUUGAUGACAAUAUUGUAUCAUUUGAGAAAAUUUUCAGGGGGUUUGAGGCAAAUAAUAACCAACCAAAGUGAUGGCUCAAAGCAGAGAAAUGUUUGGGGGAUCAUUCUUUGAUAUCUCACAGUUUCUUUGUGGCAUAUUUCUCCUUAUUUAUUGUUGUAUUUGAUAUAACAAAAAAAAAAAUUGUUAACCAUUAUUUCUGUCCCCAUAUUUCGUAUUUUCCUUUCCCUGUGAUUAUAUUUUAUUUCUCGUACAUUGAAAAACCAAAAGCAAUCUUCAUUUGUUUCCCCACAUCCAUCAUGGCUCCCGUAAGGGGCACAAUGAGGCAGGCAGGUCGUUCUCUCUCCUGCAUAACAUCAGCCGGCGCCGACGGCCAGAGAGACGCGCCUGUUAUUGUGCGGCACAGACACAUUAGCGGUGCUAAACGAACAAAGGAGAAAAAGUUGGAGGAAAUAAAUGAGACGGAGGGCGAGAGAACGGGAGGAAAGAAGGGGGUAAAUUGGUAUGGUAGAAAAAAAAGGAAUCAAAAUGGAAGAAAAUCAUGGUAGAUAGAAAGAAGGAAACAAAGUCACAAAAAAGAAAGAAGGAAGGAAAGGAGGAAUGAUUUAGAAAGAGGGAGAAGGAAAGGACAGAUUUUUAUGGUAUAUCAGGGUUUAUUUACGGGAGAAUUGUUCUGUACUGAGUGCUUUCUUGGGAACAAGUGUGCUCUCAGACACUCACACACACACACACGCACACACAUAUACACAUACACACACUCUCACACACACAUCCACUCACACAAAAACACACACAUCCACGCACACACGCCCACACACGAACACACACACACACACACACACGCACACAAAUACACAUACAUAUUCACAUGCUGCGUGAAGCAGCAUUCGUACAAAUUGACAAUCAUACAAACAUACGUAUCCACUCUAACACUCUCACAGAUGCAGCAAAUAAGAAUGCAUAUCUCUUCUUCUAUCUCUCGGUACAACCAUCCCCUCCCAACACACACACACACACACACACACACACACACACACACACACACACACACACACACACACACACACACACACACACACACACACACACACACACACACACACACAGACACAGUCAUUCUACUCGAACAAUGCAUAAUCCUGCUGCUCUCUGUAACUAUGAUUGAUCAGCGUAUGAUACAGGAAAAGCAAUGCAUAAAAUGAGCCUGGAAAUGAUGCCCAUAAUUUGAAUAGUUCGGAGGCACAAAUGGAGGAAAGAAAGAAAGAGCAAUACGUUAGCAAUAUAUUAGUUUCGCAAUAACUGCCACUGCCAUGAAACAGAGGACGGAAGCUACUGAUUGGCUGAGCAGCAUACUGUCUCCACACACUUUUAACAUACCGAUAAACCCACCAUUUAAUGACUUAAAAGUAAAAAAACUAGUAGCACUUUGUCGUCACCAUUAUCUCCCUCCACAUGUUAGCAUUUUGUUGUCAAUCUGCUGAACUGUGUUUGCAGUACUGAAACCGUAGCGUGGCCUGAGAGCUGGCCUGAUUCACACCGAACAACAGAACACGCCAAUGGCUGCUGGCACAAAGAAACACACAGACAUUUACCAUUCCACCGUCUCUGUCCCAAGAGGACCGUCACACACACACACACACAUACACACACACACAUGCAAUACACACUCUCUUUCCUCAACUAAUGUCAAAUUAGUGAUUCCGAAGGUGUACCUUUGGCAUUUUAGACACAGUUUGGAUGAGUGCGGUGGGUGUGUGGAUGCAAAAUAAUCAAAUCAGAAAUGGAUUAAUGAUUGUGCUCCUUAAUGAAUGGGGAAUAAAAUAAGAGAUAGAAAUAUCGGAUGCUAUCCAGAAUAGGAGAUAAGUUAACCGAAUAAUAGGGAUAUCUUUAAGGGAUUAUAACAAGGGUUGUGUGUUCAUGGGGACCAGUGGGUUUGAUUCUGCCAACAGAAUGGAAUUGAACGUAGGACUGAGGGCAUACUGGACCCUGCAGUAACGCUGAUAUCUGGAGGUACAGAGGGGUACGAGACGCUACGGGCUAACGGUGCUAACUGCGCUAGCUUCUAGCCUAGGAAAUAUCUCUGCAACAUAAUACAUUGAAAUCUUGACCUCACCUGAAAAUGCUACAUCUUCACAUUCUGUUGAUAAUUGUAGGUCAUUUGCUUGUGUUUCAAACUUAUACUUGUACACGUCACACCUUUAAUCACAAAAUGAUCCAAUAGCCCCUCCUGAAAAUACCAGUUAAUAGAGGAAAUGAUGACACCCUUGACAGAGAGCAGGAGAGAGAGAAUCCCAGAGAGCCACCACCAACCCCACCGAGGUGUUGAUCCCUCCCAGAACACAUUAUCUUAGCAACACAAUUUCCCUUUCAGCCCCGAAGGUAGAGUAUGUGUCCGAAAGGUGAGCUUUAACAACAACUCGUGGCGUUGUGAAUGUCUGCAAAGGAGGGGCAUUAGAGGGGGAGACUGAAAGUGAGAGAGACAGUGAAAGAAUUAGAGAGAGCGCAAAAGACCAAGAAAAAAAAGGGAGUUAGGAGUGAGACAUGGAGUUAAAAUACUCGAUAGCUUGGAGGCCAAAUCAAUGGCCAGUACUCCUGGGAGCAGGAACACAUUAAACUGAGCCUGUGCGUAUUAUCUGUAGUGUGUGUGUGUGUGUGUGUGUGUGUGUGUGUGUGUGUGUGUGUGUGUGUGUGUGUGUGUGUGUGUGUGCAUGUGAGAGAGAUAGGAUUAAAAUAUCCUGUAGAGGAAUUUCCACGGUUCACAAGAACAUUAUUUAAUUCAUUUAUUCUCUCCAUUUGAUACACUGGGUUAUGUAUGUGUGUGUGUGUGUGUGUGUGUGUGUGUGUGUGUGUGUGUGUGUGUGUGUGAUUGUGUGUGCGUGUGCGUGUGCGUGUGUGUGUGUAUGUGUUUAACUUUGAGAUGGGGUCCCCACACCACGUCUGCAAUGCAGCAGAAAUCCCAAUAGGGAGAGCUAAGGUGAUCAUAGAGAGUGACAGAGAGCCGUAGACAGAGUGAGACACACACAGAGAGAAGGGCUCAUAUAACACACACCUCUGGCAUCUUCACACACACACACACACACACACACACACACACACACACACACACACACACACACACACACACACACACACACACACACACACACACACACACACACACACACACACACACACACAUACACACACUCUGAUAGCAAUCCAGUGGGUAGGUUCCAGUGGCGAUAGGACUCGUCCUGUAGCAAGGAAAGUUCACAAAUAGUCUGGGGAUUAGCCCCAACCCUUCCCAUGAAACAAUCCUCCAGGAAUCUAUGUGAGGGAUGUAGAGUAGAGGUUCCAACUCAAUGUGAAACAAAAAAUACAAAAGAAGUGGUGAGAGUCAGAGUGAGGUAUUUCUUAAGGGUAAUAGGGUAAAGAGUCAGAGUGAGGUAUUUCUUAAGGGUAAUAAGGUAAAGAGUCAGAGUGAGGUAUUUCUUAAGGGUGCUAUGGUAAAGAGUCAGAGUGAGGUAUCUCAUAAGGGUACUUUGGUAAAGAGUCAGAGUGAGGUAUCUCUUUAGGGUAAUAAGGUAAAGAAUCAGAGUGAGGUAUAUAUUAAGGGUACUUUGGGAAAGAUCAGAGUGAGGUAUCUCUUAAGGGUAAUACGGUAAAGAGUCAGAGUGAGGUAUCUCUUAAGGGUGCUAUGUAAAGAGUCAGAGUGAUGUAUCUUUUAAGAGUGCUAUGGUAUAGACUGGGCGAGGAUUGUGUCGUGCUUCGGGAUUGACUUUAUGUGGCACUGUUGUGACUCUUGUAAGGAGCAUAGAGGUGAUACUAGGACUGUCAUGGAUGCAAAAUGCUGUGCUUUGAUGUUAACCCAAUAAUCCGGCAAUAAUCCUGUUUCUACAAAUGUAUGCUGAGUUGAUCCAUUUUGAUGUUUGAUAAGGCUAUAUAUCUGUUGUACCUGUUCUGGACUGUUGAAAUACUGUCUGUAAUGCAAAGGCUGGAGGGGAGAGAGACAGACAGACAAAUAGAGAUCCUAAAACAGUUUAGUUUUGACCGAAAUGGCAGAGCAUGAUACUAUUGAGGAUCUUUUUGCCACACACCUGACCUCUGAGCUGACCCUUGACCUUAAGCCUUCACUUUUUUUCCCUUUUUCUUUCUCAUUUACUCUCCUACGUAAAGUCCCAGGAGUUUUGCCACAAACAUUAGACCCCAGAAACAGAUCCUCUGUAUUCAUGUGUUAAUGUCUUCUGUGAUUUAUUAUUUAUAGAAUAUUUGUCAUUGUACUAUUUGUUUGUAUUGUUUAAAAAAAAAAUGUAAUAGCAUGGAAUUUGCAAGUCAUUGUGACGAGUAGAGUCUUCCAGAAAAGAGAAUUUUAGAAUAGAAAAUGUCCAUAAUAAUGCAAAAACACUGCUUCAGUCUUCCAGAUAUCAGAGCCACAAUGACACUAUUUUUGUAUGCAAGACAAGUCGGGCAAAAAUAUAUAUCUAUAUAUCCAGUCUAUAUAAAUAUAUAUAUAUAUGAAUAUAUUCUAUGCUAAUGUGGUCGUAGGGGUAAGGGUGGGCAUUGGGUAGGGCUGUUGGUCUGUGUACGCAAUAACUUCCCCUGUCGGCAGGAAACAGGAACGACAGGAAGUACAACGUAGCCAUCCAAAGAAAAACACUUGACCAUCCGAGAACAGCCUCGGACCUGUUUGAUUGGACGGCCUAACCGACGUGUGAGUUAAUAUGACGACAAUGUUUCUGGACACCAGGUUACUCUUUUUAAUUCAUUUUCAUUUUUACGAAGACUUGUGCGAUUGCGAGGGAUUUGCAGACGGACCAGGAUUACCAAGCAUGCAUGUGCCCGAACACUUACUGGACCACCUUCAAAUAAAAACAAAAAACAAACAAUAAACAACAUUAUUUAUUCUCUCCCCACCCCAACACAGCCCAAUCACCCAUCUACCUUGUCUCUGCAUUUGCAAUAUGAUCUGUAUUUAUUUCCAUGAUAACUUACACACACAACACAAGUUGAGGGAAAAAUAUUAUUGGAUAUAAUUGAAUAAAACUAACUAAUAUAUUUGUAUGAUUGUAA